GAUGCAAAAUAAAAGCACUUAGAGCAAAAACUAACACCUACAUCAAAACACCAGUACGUAAUGAGGAACCAGUUUUUGUUGUUACAGGACGAAAAGAAGACGUAGCAAAAGCUAAAAGAGAAAUUCUUUCAGCAGCAGAGCAUUUUAGCUUGAUUCGGGCAACUCGCAGACCCGUGCUUGAUAAUAAUAUGUCCAACAAUAAUAUUGUAAAUGGCAAAAAUCCUCCAGGGCCUCCAACAAUUCCUGGGCAAAUAACAAUUCAGGUCCGAGUCCCUUAUCGUGUUGUAGGACUUGUAGUUGGACCAAAGGGAGCAACUAUUAAACACAUACAGCAUGUAACUCAAACAUAUAUCGUUACUCCAUCGCGAGAGAAAGAACCGAUUUUUGAAGUGACCGGUCUUCCAGACAACGUUCAAACAGCACGUAAGCAAAUUGAAGCACAUAUUGCAUUAAGAACUGGUAAUUUAACACCUACUUCACCAAAUGUGUUAAAUAUGGAAAAUGAUGCGACCUCGCUUCAAGCGAUCGGUGCAUUGAAUCAAAUUCUAAAUGAAGAUGUAAAUGCUGAUUUUAUGGCAGCUAUAUAUAAAAAUGGUAUUGGAUCCACAUUUGACAGUGUUGAAAAUUUAAAACAAGAAGCUGUUGAUACGUACUCCACAAAUCAAAGUGUUCGCAAUAUUAAUUUUGGGGUUCAAAAUGUAAAUGAUGGCAGUAACGGUAUAUGCAUAAACACCAACCAUUUAAUAGAUUCUACAUCACAGGUCAACAACUUUACUUUUCUACAAAAUCUAAAUAUAAAUAAUAAUGAUUAUGUUUCUACUGCCGGAGUGGAUACUGCAUGUGUGCAACAAACAUUAGUUAAUCAACAGAUGCAACUACAACAAGAUUAUGCAAUCAAUCCUAUAAAUUUGAAUACUAACAAUUAUGAAAAAAUAAAUGUAGAUGAAAAUACAAUAUUGGGUACCAACGGCAUGACCCGAUCUUGUUCAUCUGCCUCUUCAACGAUUUCAUCAAAAAGUGUAAACAAUAGCGGUAGCGCGACUGUAACUAGUAGUGGAUGCGGAAGUGGUAGCAGUGGCAGUAGUAAUAGUAGUCGACCUGAAUUGAUAAACAUAUGGAAAAAUUUAAGUGAUUCUUUAGAUACAGAUGAAGGAAUUGGCGAUUCGCCAAAUAUUUGGACACUACCCACAACCACUAUUCCAUUAACCGAAUCUCGUUGUUCACCAUCUACUUCAAUAAGUCCCACCGACUCACUGUUAGGUGAAAUUUGUUCUAGUAGUCAAGGCAGUGGCAUUAUUACAAAUACUUUAUCUCAAAGAGUACAUAUAGCCGAAACACAAUUAUCCCUUGGUACAACUUCUCGAGAAUGUUUGGUAUGUAAUACGAAAAAGGUUACUGCUGCAUUAGUUCCAUGUGGUCAUAACAUGUUUUGUAUGGAAUGCGCUAAACGUAUAUGUUCUGCAGGAGAGGGUACAUGUCCUAUUUGUAGUUUAAGUGUUUAUCAUGCAAUACGCAUUCUUGUGUAGUUUACUUUCAAGGUAUAUCAAAUAUAAUUUUUUUAGUAGAACAAAAUAUAUUAAACUAUCAAAUCGAUUUCUGAGCAAAUAUUCAA